CCAUUUUUUUCAUGAGUCGCGGUCUCACUGUUGCUCAGGUUUCUUCUUCUUUUCUUUCCAUAAUUCAUUAAAAAACUGCGGAUUGCCUUCAUUGCUAAGAAUGAAAAUUUGACACUUUAGGCAAAAACACUUUUGUUAAUGUCAGAAAUUUGGAGAUGACUCUGCCAUAACAAGCAUUAUUUCCAGGCUUUAUUGGAGGAGUGUACUAAACACACUGAUAAUUCUGUACCAGUGGGAGAAAUGGCUUCAGGGAGGUUGAGGACUUUUGUCUACUUUCAGUUAUUUACACCUGCUGUGACCUAUCACUUUUUUGGUAAGCAACCGCUUUUGUUCCUGUAUGCCAAGACUUCUUUCUUAUGCCCAGAGAACCAGCUAUCUGGGUCUUUUGGAAUCAUGAAUGAAGUCUUUGGAGGGUAUGUUGAGUUGGGCACAGAUGUGAACGAAAAGAUAAAAGCUGGGAGGUGUUUGAAGCUGGAGGGGACAUGUACAAAUGACCUGAGUAAAGGCUUGAGGAACAGAUGAAGGCUGGAGGGAGGCAGGAUGUCCCAGCAGGGUGGGGAUGAGCAGGGAAGAGGUGGGCAUGGACAGAGGGCAUGAUCCACAACGUCUGAAAGGCCACAGCUGCCUACUGUAGUGCAACUGGGAAGCCAUGGUAGAACGUUGGGGAGGGCAGAGAAAGGAGCCCACUCUGUCUGGCUGCAGACUGCUGUACUCCAGGAACAUGCCCAGGUGGGUGCAGCACUUCCCCUUCAAUGGCACUGAAUUUUGAGUAGCCUUAUACGUAUUCCAGGCCAUACAAAGGGGUCUGUGGGAUAAUUCUUGCACAUGGAAUUGCUGGGUUGGGGCUAUGUGCAUUUGGAAUUGCUAUGCAUAUCCACAACUUGCCUGGAUAGCAGCCCUACGAUUUAUUCUUCUCCCAGCAAAGGCAAGUGAGCUUGUUUCUCUACAGCUUUUUCAAAAUUAUACUAUUAAACUUUUUCAAAUUUUUGCUAAUCUAAUAAAAAUUAUCUCACUGCAACUUUAUUUUUUCUCUUAUUACAGUAUCAUUGAAUAGCUCCUCAUAUGCUUAAGAGCUAUUGCAUUUUAUUUUCUGUGAACUGUCCAUAUACUUCGAUAGUUUUUCUACCAGGCUAUUUAUUUUCUUAUUGAUUCACAUCUGUGGAAAAGGUGCCUUCCUGGUAUCAAUUAGAAAUCAUUCCCAAACACAGCUCAUUGCUUCUUUUUAUGAAUGGAGGGUUUUGGCCAGGCAGAAAUGAACAAGUCAGUUCACUUUUCUGAAUCUGAGAGACCAGGUCUAGAUUCAAAGAUCUCUCGAAUCCCUGUAUUUCUAAUAUUUUGUGAUUGACGUUCGUUUGACGGAGGGGCACCAGCCCACACCAGCCAGAGGGUGUAGAGGUGGUGCAGAACGCUAGGCGCCAGUCGGUCCAGUCCGUAAACUCCGCAGCGUCGCGUAGUGGUCACCGUGUGCAUUUCAGCUCCCCCUGCCUGGAUUCGAAUCUCAGCUCUCUAUUCAUGAACAUAUUCGGGGACCAAGUCGGAAUAGACCCCAUCCGCUAAAUUCAAAUUCAUUACGAUUGGGCUGCAGGCCUCAGUCCUGUCCUAGAGAAAAAUUCAGCGCCGUCUACCACCACCACGCCCCUCGACCCCCCAAAUAAAGGCUUCACGCAGCGUAGAAAGGGGCCGCGCGCCGUCCCCGGACGUCCCCUCCGGCUCCAGGGAAGCGCGGCCGGAACCCGCUCCUCCCGGCGGUCCGGGUCCACACCGUCCACGCGCCGCCGCCCUCUGUCCCCGCCGCCCGCGCCCAGGCCCCUCGCUCUCCUGUACCUGCCGCUCUCCGAGCUACCGCCCUGGACCUCGACUCCUGUCCCCGCCGCUCUCCGUCCACUUCGCUCGCCCCCCGGUCCUCGCUCUUCCGCUCAGGCCGCUCGACCUCUGGUCGCCCGCGCUCUCGGCCCCUGCACGCGGCCGCCCCACCGCCCCGAGCGCGGACUACAAGUCCCGCCAUGCCCCGCCGCCGCCCCCCGGCUUCCGGUGCUGCGCAGUUUCCGGAGCGGAUCGCAACCCGGAGUCCGGAUCCGAUCCCGCUCUGCACAUUCCAAAGGCAGGUGACAGAGAUGGCAGAAGAUGGGAGUGAAGAGAUUAUGUUCAUCUGGUGUGAAGACUGCAGCCAGUACCACGACUCCGAAUGUCCCGAGCUAGGCCCAGUGGUCAUGGUCAAAGACUCCUUCGUGUUAAGCCGGGCGAGGUCAUCCCUUCCUCCCAACUUGGAGAUCAGACGGCUAGAAGACGGGGCAGAGGGAGUGUUUGCUGUCACUCAGCUUGUGAAGCGGACACAGUUCGGUCCAUUCGAGUCCAGGAGGGUUGCUAAAUGGGAGAAGGAGUCUGCAUUCCCACUAAAGGUGUUCCAGAAGGACGGGCACCCCGUGUGUUUUGACACGUCCAACGAGGACGACUGCAAUUGGAUGAUGCUGGUGCGGCCGGCGGCAGAGCCCGAGCACCAGAACCUGACGGCCUACCAGCAUGGCAGCGAUGUGUACUUCACCACCUCCAGGGACAUCCCCCCCGGCACUGAGCUGCGCGUCUGGUAUGCGGCCUUUUACGCCAAGAAGAUGGACAAGCCCAUGCUGAAGCAGGCCUGCUCCACUGUCCACGCUGCAGGCACCCAGGACGGCAGCGCCGCUGUGGAGUCGGAGCCCAGCCAAUGGGCGUGCAAGGUGUGCUCUGCCGCCUUCCUGGAGCUGCAGCUGCUGAACGAGCAUCUCUUGGGUCACUUGGAACAAGCUAGGAGCCUUGCCCCAGGCAGCCAGAGCGAGGUGACUCUAGAAAAGGAGCCAGAGGCGCCCCGGGGGGAAGCCCCUGCAGUGCCCGGGAAUGAGAGUGUUGUCGUGGCCACCAAAGAACAGAAGAAAAAGCCUCGAAGGGGGAGAAAACCCAAAGCAUCCAAAACCGAGCAACCUCUGGUCAUCGUUGAGGACAAGGAGCCCACAGAGCAAGUGGCAGAGAUCAUCACCGAGGUCCCCCCGGACGAGCCUGUGAAUGCAGCACCAGACGAGCGGAUAAUGGAGCUGGUUCUGGGGAAACUGGCCACUGGCACUGGGGAUGCCAGCCCUGUGCCAAAGUUCGCCCAUCACCAGAAUAACACCAUCACCCUCAAGAGGAGUCUGAUCCUGUCCAGCAGACACAGCAUCCGGCGGAAGCUCAUCAAGCAGCUGGGGGAGCACAAGCGAGUUUACCAGUGCAGCAUCUGCAGCAAGGUCUUCCAGAAUAGCAGCAACCUGAGCCGGCAUGUGCGCUCCCAUGGCGAUAAGCUGUUUAAGUGUGAGGAGUGUGCGAAGCUGUUCAGCCGCAAAGAGAGCCUCAAGCAGCACGUGUCCUACAAGCACAGCAGGACCGAGGUCGAUGGUGAGUACAGACACCGCUGUGGCACCUGUGAAAAGACCUUUCGAAUUGAGAGUGCCCUGGAGUUCCACAACUGCAGGACAGAUGACAAGACGUUCCAAUGUGAGAUGUGUUUCAGAUUCUUCUCCACCAACAGCAACCUCUCCAAGCACAAGAAGAAGCAUGGGGAUAAGAAGUUUGCCUGUGAAGUCUGCAACAAAAUGUUCUACCGCAAGGAUGUCAUGCUGGACCACCAGCGGAGGCACCUGGAAGGAGUGCGGCGAGUGAAGAGAGAGGACUUGGAGGCUGGUGGGGAGAACCUGGUCCGCUACAAGAAGGAACCUUCCGGAUGUCCGGUGUGUGGCAAGGUGUUCUCCUGCAGGAGCAACAUGAACAAGCACCUGCUGACACACGGCGACAAGAAGUACACCUGUGAGAUCUGUGGGCGCAGGUUCUUCCGCGUGGACGUGCUCAGGGACCACAUCCACGUCCACUUCAAGGACAUCGCACUGAUGGAUGACCACCAGAGGGAAGAGUUCAUUGGUAAGAUCGGGAUCUCCUCAGAGGAGAAUGAUGACAACUCUGAUGCGAGUGCAGACGCGGAGCCUCAUAAGUACAGCUGCAAAAGGUGCCAGCUGACCUUUGGCCGGGGGAAGGAGUACCUGAAGCACAUCAUGGAGGUGCACAAGGAGAAGGGCCAUGGCUGUAGCAUCUGCAACCGGCGUUUCGCGCUCAAGGCCACCUACCAUGCCCACAUGGUCAUCCACCGCGAGAACCUGCCGGACCCCAAUGUGCAAAAGUACAUCCACCCCUGCGAGAUCUGUGGGCGGAUCUUCAACAGCAUUGGGAACCUGGAGCGCCACAAACUCAUCCACACAGGGGUGAAGAGCCACGCGUGCGAGCAGUGUGGGAAGUCCUUCGCCAGGAAGGACAUGCUCAAGGAACACAUGCGUGUACACGACAACAUCCGGGAGUACCUGUGUGCUGAGUGUGGGAAAGGCAUGAAGACCAAGCACGCGCUGCGCCACCACAUGAAGCUGCACAAGGGCAUCAAGGAGUACGAGUGCGAGGAGUGCCACCGCAAGUUCGCGCAGAAGGUCAACAUGCUCAAGCACUACAAGCGGCACACGGGGAUUAAAGAUUUCAUGUGCGAGUUGUGUGGAAAGACCUUUAGUGAGAGGAACACGAUGGAGACACACAAGCUCAUUCACACAGUGGGCAAGCAGUGGCCGUGCUCUGUGUGUGACAAGAAAUACGUCACUGAGUACAUGCUGCAGAAGCACGUUCAGCUCACGCACGACAAGGUGGAGGCCCAGAGCUGCCAGCUUUGCGGGACCAAGGUCUCCACCAGGGCCUCCAUGAGCAGACACAUGCGGCGCAAGCACCCCGAGGUGCUUGCGGUGAGGAUUGACGACCUGGACCACCUCCCAGAGACCACCACCAUCGAUGCCUCCUCCAUUGGCAUUGUCCAGCCAGAGCUAAGUCUGGAACAAGAGGACCUGGCCGAAGGGAAGCACGCGAAAGCCGCCAAGCGGAGUCACAAGAGAAAGCAGGAGCCGGGAGAGGAGGCGGGGGCUCCGGGGCCUGCAGAGGCCGCCUUCAGCGAGUACUCUGAGAAGGAGACGGAAUUCACGGGCAGCGUGGGCGAUGAGACCAACUCCGCAGUGCAGAGCAUUCAGCAGGUGGUGGUAACCCUGGGUGACCCCAAUGUGACUGCCCCGUCAAACUCAGUUGGCCUGACCAACAUCACAGUGACUCCCAUCACCACUACAGCUGGGACUCAGUUUACCAAUCUGCAGCCAGUGGCCGUGGGUCACCUUACCACACCUGAGCGCCAGUUACAGUUGGACAAUUCCAUACUGACUGUGACCUUUGACACUGUCAGUGGCUCCGCCAUGCUGCACAACCGCCAGAACGAUGUCCAGAUCCAUCCCCAGCCAGAAGCCUCCAACCCGCAGUCUGUGGCACACUUCAUCAACUUGACCACCCUGGUCAACUCCAUCACGCCACUGGGAAGCCAGCUCAGUGACCAGCACCCGCUCACGUGGCGGGCAGUGCCCCAGACAGACGUUCUGCCACCACCCCAGCCACAGGCCCCAACUCAGCAGCCGGCUGCACCCCAGGUGCCCGCGGAGCCCCAGCCACAGAUGUACAGCUACUGAGCCACAGGCAACGCAGGCAACGCCAGAGAGGGGUCUGGGGGUUGUUAGAUUUGUUUGCUGGAUACCAAACAAAAAAAAGUCAUACAUUGCAAUGUAAGGAAGGUUGACUUAGCUUUUACAGAAUUGUCUCCAAAUCCCUCCAAUGACCAUUAUGGCCCGUCAGCCUAGCUCAAGAAGUCACCCAGUGGGCAAGAGUUCCAGAAAGGGUCAGGCUUCUGCCAUGCCUGGGCAGCAUAGAGCAUCCGGGCUGGGUUGCACCUGCCUGCCCUACCAGGCUUCUGUGUCAGCAGGUUUAGGAACAUGAACUUUAGAAGCAGGAUCCCAAGAGCAAGUGGUUAGUUACAAGGAGGGUAUUUGGCUCCCCUCUUUUCCACUAGAGCUCAGUCACUGUGGUGAGCACAGGCAGUGUUCAUAGGCAGCACGCUGCAGGGAUACCCAUCCCUCCACUUUGGGUUUGUUUUGGCAGGCAAGGCAGGUGGAAGUUUGAGUAACAUUUAUUCUCUUCUUUGAAAUGUGAGUUGAGUGGAUCAGUCACAUAUGCAGCGUUGGACUGAAGGUGGGUAUGAGAUGUGCCGUGGCAGCACACAGCCUCCAGCCUUCAAGUUCAGCCCAGGUCAGGUGAGGACGCUAACUGGCAUUUGAGCAUCUUAGGAGUAUCCAUGAAUUGUUUUUUAGUGUAGUUUUUUUCUUUUAAUAUUUUUUACUUUAUCUCAAACAUACAUUAUAUAUUCAAGACUGUGUUGUGGCCAAUAUAUUUUUUUUAUUUUAUUUUGACAUGAGUCGUUUGCACUGUAGGACUAUGGGUCUGUGUCCAGUUCUGCAUGGCUGUCCCCAGGGGGAGACGCACGCAGGUGUGUGCUGGCCGUGAGCCCUUGUGCCGUCAGUGUGGCGGCUUUGGAGUUGUCUCAGGACUCUGCCAUCCACAUGUGUUUAUUCUGGUGAGCUCAGCCAGAGUCCCCUGCAUGGUAGGGUACGAAAACACUCAUGUUUUCUAUCUGUUUCAACUUUAAUUCCAAAGGUUGAUAUGUUUCAAGAUGAAUUUCCUCAAAAAAUGUUGAGUUUGGCUUUUGCAGUAGAAAAGUACAGGUAUCUCUGACAUACGAACAAGCUCCCAAGUCCUACCAGAUGGGAAAGCAGAGGAGGGUGUCCAGCCAUGGAAGCAUUAAUUGCCCCUAAUAAUGAAAGUGCUGAUUAGUAGCCAGCUCUGCCUAUGGGGGCCACGUUCUAUCAUGGGUGUGUACAAUUCAGGGACGUGGCCUAGGCUCUCAGAUGAAGAGGCCCCCACCACCAGCAGCACCCUUGUUGCACCCAGAAGCCUGGGGGAAGUUCGAUGUCCUGAUAUUUGUUUAACACUAUCCAAAAUGAGAUGAUAAACUUGCCUGAUUUUGCCCUUGAUUACUACUGGUCCUGACCUUGUGUUCUCUGGGAAAUUGUCGUGAAGAAACACUGUCGCUGGGUCACCGAUUGACAGAUGUGGCCAGAGUGACCCUGACGUUGCCAGCAAGCAAAGGAUGGUUUGUGUCACACAAAAUGCACCUUUCUUAGCGCUUAACUCCAUUCCAGACAGCCAACUUUUGAGGUCAGGGCUAGAUUUGUUUUGUGCAAUACCUGCCUUUGUGACUAGGGCAAGCCCCGGGCCAGGCCGCAGCCCAGGCCCGUCCUGCACCCACACACUCACUCACCUCCCAGCACUCCAGCUCUCACCUGUCAGUUGAAUAAUAGUGGGAGAUUGUUUUAUUUUUUAAUUUAUGAUAAUUAUUUUUGUGUUAUUUAUGUAUAUGAUUUACUGCUUUAUACAUAGCAGUUUUAUCAAAUGAACUUGAGCUCGGGGUGAUGUAUUUUCUAAAAUAUUAUCUCCAUUCUCCAAAUGUGAGUGGCCCACGCAUCCAUGGGAUCAACUAGAGAGCCGGGGUUCCUAAGGUAUUUUUUAAAAAAUCAGUGACAAUUUCUUUUUGCCUUUGAAGAAUCUAAAGGGCAAUGACAAAGCAAAGAAUCCAAAUAGGUCUUGGGCUCACGAUUAAACAUCCACUAGCGUUUACCUUUUGUUCCUCUUCCAUGUGAAAAAAGCCCUUUGAAAUCACAAUUUUAUUUUUUUAAAGAAGUUGUUUUAGUGCCUAGAGCAAGACUGCAUCAAAUGUUUUUAAAGAGCCUAAUUUAGAUUGUGUGGCCCUCGUGUAUUGCCACUAUUUCUUUAAAUACCAGAUGCAUCAUACUUCUUGUUAUAAUAAGGGAGAACUCUAAAUAAAAAUCACACUUCUGAGUUUUUUGGAAAAGUUUCUGGAAGUGUGGUCUUACUGGGGUCACUGCCCGAGGGGAGUGUGUUGUGGAGGGCAGUGGCUGUGAAUUUGCAUAUUCACGUAGGGCAGUCUUGGUGAAUUUGCUUAUUCAUAACUGGAUAGCAGACAAGGAAAAGUACUACUCAGCCAAGUCUUCAGCUGUACACUGUUCUGCAUAUUUAUCAUUGUUUAUUGACAAAGUAUUUAAUUUUUUAAACUGAUACACGGUGCACAGAUGUAUCCAUUAAGGAAAAAAUUAGAUCAGGCCUUGGUGGCCUCUGAGCGCUGUGAAUCCAUCUCAGUUGUUAUAAAUUAAUAAAUUAUGAGAAUUUAUUUUCGACCUGUGAAUCUGUGCUGCUGUGUGGUGACAUGUCCUAUGCUGGCGCGACUGUGGCAUGGAGACCACAGGUGUGGCCACUCCCCCGACUCACCUACCCUGCUGGGAGGGGCCUGGCCAGCAGAAUGGCUCUAGCACAUGGUGUGUUCUCAGGAAAUGGUUCUGUGCCAAGUCCUCCCCGGCAUGCCCAACACGAAGCAGUUCUGGAACAUUCCGGGCAUGAUUUUUCUGUUCUCUGACUGUCACUAGCAUGUGAAAGGCGGUGAAGGCUGUUCUGAGACAGAGUGUAUUUGCUAUCGGUUUGUAUAAUGAUAAAUAAAUGAU